CACCAACAGUGUGUUGUUAGUUACUGUAUAAGGAUGCUAACGUAAUAAAUAUCUAAAAAUUAAUUUGAAGUGAAACUGUGCCUGUCAUAUAAUUUGGAAACCUGAAGAUUCAGUUACAGACUAUCUGCAGAUCUGACUAUAAUGGAUAUGAUGGAUCAAGAUCAAGUUUUGCUUUUCGUUCGAGAGCCGGACAUGCUAAAACGAAUGGACAAUGGUCAAAAACUUAUUGAAUACUUAAGCAGUCUUGAGGGAAAACUAAGAUGGGACAAUUUGGAUCGCGUCAUAGAUUCUUUAUCAACAUAUUGGGUCACCACUAGUAAUUUCAAAGUUUCCCUUCUUGGAUUGGAUAUUCUCAGUUUACUUGUUGAAAGAAUGGAAGAUGAAUUUCAGUUUCAUUACAACUCAAUUCAACACGCUCUGAUUGACAGACUUGGAGAUCAAAAAGAACAAGUUAGAAGUGCAAGUGUUACUCUGCUCACAAAUAUUAUGGAAGCCUCUGCCAGUCCACAAUUUAUUUUCGAUCGACUCACUCACACAGUAUUUUCUCACAAAGUAUGGAGAGUACGAGAGAGUGUAUGCAUCCUUCUUUCUGCUACUAUCAACAGAUUCGGAGCUCGAUCACUGGCUCUGAGUAAAGUUGUUCCUCACAUUUGUAAACUACUUUCUGAUCCUAAUGUGCAGGUUCGUGAAACUGCUUUGUCAACACUAGGUGAAAUAUACCGACACGUUGGUGAAAAAGUUAGGCAAGAUAUCCAGAAACGAGGAUUACCACCAAACAGAUUGGCUCAAGUUCUUGACAGUUUUGAUGAAAUUUAUCAAUCUGGGAAGAUGGAGAUGGAACAUGAAAAUGAAACAGCUUCUGUAACAAGUUCUGGAAGUUUCGGUUCUGUAGGCAGCACAACACUAAAUUCAUCAUCAAGUUAUAUGAAACCACCAACCACAUCUUAUGUCCCGAAUAAUCAUAGAGCAUCAACAGCAGUGGGAAGUCGCACUACUACAACGCAUGAAGCAAGAGCUCAAACAGCAAUUGGCAGAAGAUCAGUAGCACCCAAGUCAUCUGGAGCUGAAGCUGGUGCAAUUGAUGAAGAAACAUUUAUAAAAGGAAUGGAUAAAGAUUUACCAACAGUUCGAAUCUAUAAUUCUCGAGAUUUUGAAGAAUGCAUGAAUAAAAUUCAUACUGUAUUGUCAGAUGAAAAGAAAGAUUGGGAAGAACGCUCGAAGACUUUGAGAAUUCUUCGUGCUGCCAUUGUUGCUGGUGCACUUGAAUAUGAUUCCUUCGCUCAACAUAUCAGGACGCUUGAACCUGCAUUAAGACUCAACGCAAGGGAUUUACGAUCUCAAGUUGUUAGAGAGACUUGUAUAACUAUUGGUCAUCUUUCAAUUGUGAUGCAGAAUCGUUUUGAUCAUGCAGCAGAAUUAUUGUUUCCAACACUGUUCAACCUCGUACCAAAUUCAGUAAAAAUUAUGGCAACUUCGGGUGUUACAACAAUAAAAAUUAUUUUAAGGAAUACACAUGCACCUCGAUUGCUUCCAGUUAUCACUGGUAAUUGCACUUCUAAAUCAACUGCAGUCAGAAGAAAAACUUUCGGAUUUUUAUCUUUAGUUUUACAAGAAUGGACAACUAAUGUACUCGAAAAGCAACUCCCACUUUUAAUUGAAGCAGUAAAGAAGGGAAUUUCUGAUGCAGAUUCCGAUGCUCGAUCAGAAGCUAGAAAAUCAUGGUGGGGAUUGCGCUCUCAUUUCCCAGCUGAAGCAGAAAAAUUAUACAACGGACUUACCUCAAACCAACAAAAGAUGAUUCAAGGAGAGUUAACAGCAUCAUCAUCAACAGACAGCAUACCGAGAUCAACAGCAUCAGAAUCUCAUAUCACCAGCAAACGACCACCAUCAUCAUCGUCUUCUCGUCAGUCUCUCUUGCCAAACGCACAAAGAGUACCAGGAAGAACUUCUCGACUUGGUACUGGACCGGACAGAACAGUUUCGAAAAAUUUCAUGCGAUCAAGAUCAGAUAUAGAUCCAGAAGCUGCUAAACGAUCAGCAAUGAAAGCAAUGACUUAUGGACGUGCAAGACAAUCUACGGCUACGAAUGGUCGACCUGAACGCAGAGGCAGAAACACAGCUAGACCAGCAACAUCACAACGAUCACAAUCAGCUCAUAGAUUUGCUGGCAGUCGAUCAAAUUCACCCAACUCCAAGUCUCGUUAUCAAUAUAAUCCUCCAAGAACUCCGACAGGAGUUUACAGAGCCUCACGAGCUCACACAUAUUCAGCAGAAGAUAGUCCAGAAUACGACUACCCCAGACGUGUGGCUACGCCAUCCAGUAACGCAAAUGGGGCUGCGAAAUCCGCACUUCCUACGAGAACCCCACCAUCUUCUCCAACCCAAUCUCGAAAAUCGAGAAUACCUAUUUCGACUUCUCGCUCCGGUUCAAGAGCUGGUUCGAGAGUGGGUUCUCGGGUGGGGUCACCUCAAGGUAGUCGCGGAUCGAGCCCCCAUCGAUACAGAGCUGCUAAAUCACGAAUUGCUCGAAGUGAACCUGUCUCACGAAAUUGUAGUCGUGUGGCAUCCUCACAGGUCAGCAGCCGGGAUUCUAGUCCUGGGGGUACUGCAGGUAGAGGGUCAACUUCUAGUACAACAGGUUUUGGAGGAACAGGUCCACCUAUGAGAGUUUUACCUAAGGGUAGAGAAGGCGAACAAGUGCUAACAGAUGCAUUGUUUGGUCGUAAGACUCCAAAGCGUCGUGGUGAAUCAUAUGGUUAUUCUGAUAAUGACGAUGAUUUCUCUGAUACUUCUAGUGUUUGUUCUGAUAGAUCUUCAUCUUAUCAAUCCAGUCGAAACGGUGUUCGUCGAUCACACACACAACACACAGAAGAUAUUGCAGAAAUAUUAACUUUAUGUCAAAGUACGAACUGGGCAGAAAGAAAAGAGGGAUUGAUCAGCUUACAUGGUUUAAUCAAGAGAGAAAAGUUAAUCAGUCGAAUGGAAAUGAAAAAAAUCUUGGAAAUAUUCAACAGAAUGUUUGCAGAUCCCCAUGGAAAGGGAACAAAGCGGGUUUUCAGUUUGUUUCUUGAAAUUCUUCCUGAUUUUGUCGCAACUUAUAAAGAAAACAUUGAAGAUUGGUUAUACGUAUUAAUGACCCAAUUAUUGAAAAAAAUGGGAGCUGAUUUAUUGGGCUCGGUACAAGGAAAAGUUAUGAAAGCUAUGCAAACAACAAGAGUAUCAUUUUCACCAAAACAGCAAUUUACAAUAUUAACUAGAUAUAUUGUCGAUCAAACACAAACUCCAAAUCUUAAGGUCAAAGUUGCUUUACUUCAUUAUCUUCUGGAAUUAAUUGUAUUGAUGGAUUCUGCUGAUAUCAAUAGUACAAGCGAAACAAGACUAGCGAUAUCUAGGAUGAUAACAUGGACAACGGAACCUAAGAGUCAAGAUGUCCGAAAGGCUGCAGAAUCCGUCAUAACAGGAUUAUUUGAACUCAAUCCUGGAGAAUUUUCACAGAUGUUGAGAGUCUUACCAAAAACAUUUCAAGAUGGUGCAAUGAAAGUAUUACACACACAUGUCAAAGCUAAUGGAGAGCCCAAGAUGCCUCCACAGUCUGGGCCUACACCAGGCAGAGUUACAGCUCGUGUUGGUAUGUCACCUUCUGGUCAAGUCGUUUCUCCUCAUGGAAGUGUUUCAUCUGGAAUGGCUGAUAUUAUGUCACCAAGGGGCAGCGAAGUUGAAUAUGCUAUGUCUGACAAAUCAGGCGGAGAAGGCUUGGAUGAAAAAUUAAAUUUUGGUGACAUAACUGCAGAAAUACAUAAAUUAAGAUUGGACAGUAGUGCUGAUACUCCUGACUUCAAACACAGUGAACAAAAACCAUACAGUCAAAUUGGAGGAGGUGACGCUAUCAAUUUACCCAAUGUUUGUUACCCUCCACCUUUCCAACAACUACAAAAUACGCCGACGCAAUUGUCAGCCAACAGAGGAGUUAAUAACAAAUAUAAUCCAGGAAUAUAUUCUGAUAAAACGAUAAAUCCACCAUACUAUAACAAAGAAGCAUUAAAGGAAGCAAUGUUUGAUGAUGAUGAUACAAUCAGUGAUGAAUUCAGCCAGGAAGAAGCUUCGCUUCUGAUGCAACUUACGAAUGCAUUACAAAAGAAAUCACAACGGAAAGUUGCACUGAUGGAUUUUCGUAAGGCUUUGAGAAGCGGUGAUACUAAAUUAUUUUUAUCUGGUAAAUCAUACCAGUGGGAAAAUUAUUUUGUUCCUCUACUCAUGCAUGUUCUGGAAUGUGCUAAAGAUGAAGAGGCUGAAACAAGAGUACUCUCACUUGCAAUUUUGAAAGAAAUGUUCCUCCGAAUAUCCUGGGAAAAUUUUGCGGAUUAUAUUGAAACGAUUGUUUACACUGUGUUGGAAGCUCAUAAAGACAGAAACCACGAGGUUGUGAGAGCAGCAGAAGACACAACAACAACAUUAGGAACCUAUUUGCCUCCAGAUCUUUGCUUCCAAGUCUUGAUUCCCUUCCUUGAUGGAACUCAUGCAUCAACAACACAAGCUUCUAUUAUAAUGUUAACAAAUGCUAUCAACAAGGCCAGGAAAGAUGAACUUUCUCCGAAGAUUGUAAAUGAUAUUGUACCGUGCUUAAUUAAAGGUUAUGAUAGUACAGAAAGCAGCAUGCGAAAAGCCGCAGUAUUUUGUCUUGUUGCUAUCCAUCAAGUCAUCGGUGAAGAAGAUUUACAAAAACAUCUUUCAUCAUUAUCUGGUAGUAAGAUGAAAUUAUUGCAACUUUACAUCAAGCGAGCACAAACCAGCAGUCACUGAAAACAAUCUUCCAAUAGACAAGUCGCCUUCGAAGUAACAUAAAUUGCAUACUGGUCAUAAUUGCAGUGUGACAAAGCGGUACAUUGCGAUUGCCAUCUGUGUGGAAAGCGUUGUCCCUGUUCAUACACUACAGAAGUACAGAUGCACAAACAAAUUGAUUGAUGAAAAAUGAGUUUUGGAAAAGUGUAGCCUUUGAAAUGGUUAAAUGUUAUGAAGUUGUCAAUCUAAUCGAUGACAAAAUUCAAAAUUAAUUUUAUAUGAGAAUCAAUGCUGCUUCAAUACAAAGUUUGUAUUUCCAAUCUCAGUGUGGUUAGGUAGCAGAUAUUAUACAGGUAUAUAGAUGUCAUAUGUAAUAACCCUUACUUGUGGCGUUAGGUAUUUCUGGUAGUCAACCGAUCUCAACUCCUAUCUACACUGAUAUAGUGUUUUAUAAUCAUAGUAAAGCUACCACAUGACAAUAUUUGGAACAAUUUGCUGUUAUAUUGGUGAUCUGUCGAAAACUGAUUUUAUAAAUUCUAAAUCUAUAUUUCUGAGUCUAUAUUGUAUUGAUAUGCUAUACCACUGAUGGUAGAAUGAAGAAAUCCAAACCCAAGAAAGGAAUACGUUUUUGUAACUGUAUGGACACAGAGGAAAUAACCUUUAGUUUCUUCAUACAUUUGAUUCAUUUAGUCAUCUUUGUCAUCACCAGUUCAAGUGUUUAUAUUUUAGGUUUUAUGUAACGCCUAUGUAUCUUGUAUGGUAGUUACUUUGUAAGAGCAACAUAACAAUUACAUAUACUUCGUACGCAAACUUUUAAGUAUGAUUUGAUAGACUGUGCUUAUGGCGUGUAUAUUUUUUGUUGAGGUGUGAACUAUGUAUGUGUAAAUGCUGCAAGACAUUUUUUCGUUCCUUUAUUUUUUAAAUUUUUUUUUUUGUUGAAGUUGCUGGUGAAUUUUCAUAAUACAACACAAUGUUAUGUCCGAAAGCGGAUAUUUUGAAAAAGUCUUCUAUUAGGUUUUUAACAUUACACCUGGUAUGUUAUUUGCCUUACACUCGAUUCAUAGCGUGAGGAUGCAUAUAUUUUGAAUGCUUUGUUUGUUAACAUUUAUGAAAUGCAAAUUCUCUCAAGGCAGUGCACUAUUACUGCUGGCAAUGUCUUCACUUCAUAACUGAAUGACACCCAAGCGCCGAAACUGAAUUUGUAUAUUUUAUCAUUCAAACCUUUUUUCUAAUAUCGUCAAGCUCCGACACGAUUCUAUUUACCUGAACAAUUUUUGAGGUGCGGUUUCAGUUUACUGUUGCAUUUUUGGUUUCCUAUUUUAAUGUCACCAUGAACUAUCUAAGCUAAGGUAACCAUACAUCUACAAAAUGUGCCAAUCAUUGCCCAUUAUAUGAUAUAGCUUGCUGCUCAGUACCUUUCCUAAGACUGUAAUAUUAGAAGUGUGGUUGGGAUGCAUGACUGCUCAAACUUGGCCAAGUUUGGAUAUGUAUAAGAAUUGGGAUAUUAAGUUACGGUUCAUGAUCGAUCACACAUAGGAACAGUGAUUUGCUGUGAAAAGUGAAUGUACUCCUUAGCUGGUGAAUGUUUCCUUUAAAAUAUGCAUUGGCCAAUCACACAGGCCUUGCAUAACCUUCGUUUUUAUCUGUGAUUUGUAUUUCGCUGGUAAUACAUUUUACAAUACACUUUUUGUUUGAAAGUGAACAAAUUAAUAUAUCAUUUCUAUAUAAGAUAUUGUACCGUUAUCUUGAAUAAUACUUCGCUUGGUGCUUCGACUUAUAUUUCAUUUUUUUAUCGUAAUUUCAUAAACUUUGGGACAUAUAGCGAUGCCUCUUACGCCAUAGUCUUUUUAACUGUUCGAAUUUGUAUUUUUUUAAUUAUUCAUCCGUGCCAGUCGAGGGAAAUAUCAACCAUUGUAAUAUCAAAAUUUGCAACAAUACUAUAUUGGCGGUUCAACAAGGGAUAAUAUUCAAUACACACUAAAAUUGACUUCGAUUAGCCUGGAUAGGUAUUUUAUAAUGUGGAUGAUGGACAAAACUACAGAGAUUUAUUUUAAAGGCAUCGUCUUCGUUCGCCGAGCACAGACAGUGAUUUUAUCAGUUUGUCCAUUUUCAUUUACUUUUCUUAAUCGUCAUCACGGCAUUAUUAUUCUUUCAUUAUUAUUAUUCUGUUUGGCGACAAAUUUGACGAACUAAAACUACUUGACUUUGUUUUAUUCGUUGGUUGUUUUUGAUGUCGCAAUUGUUGUUUCAAUAUGUUGUUAUCGCAAUUUGUGCAUGUUACAAUAAAAAUCUACAUGCUUACCAUA